AUUGGCAGUUGGGAGGGUAUAAAUCGUGGAAGGAACGCGCCCGAUUUCACGCGGUACUUGCACAGUGACAGUGAUUCCACGGUUUAGUACUGACUAACUGGUCACAUGGUUUCACUGAUUGCAAGCUUUAUCAACUACCGUUGACGUGUACCUGCAAUACGCCAUUGCCGUAGUGUGAAAUGGCCAACUCGCGCACCCAGUUCUCUGAUGCUCUGUUGAAGCUGGCAAGAGACAGGUUGAACAGUUUCUUCUUGCCAGGUUCCUCAAGAGAGAAAUGUGUUGAUUUUGUGGUGGACGGCAAACACAUUGGUUACAUCAAACCUGAUGUGAAGGAGCAGCUUCUCAAGUAUCCAGAUGUGUUCGUCGUCAACAACUCGUUGGGGAUUGACGAUAUCCAGUUCCACCCAAAUCUCAAGACUUCAGAUGAUCGUAGCGAUCGCCUAGCGACAGUUCUGCAAGAAUGGCGGGAGAAAUCAUGCUUCAGUACAUUGAAAGGGUGGAGGAAUGAGUGUUAUGACAUCUGGUCUGGCAACCGGACACUCAAGCUGUUCAAAGUAGAGCGAUCAGCUGUCGGUUUAUUUGGCUUGGUUCAGUAUGGUGUCCACAUCAAUGGUUAUCUUAACCACAGCACCAAGGGCCUGUGUAUGUGGAUUGGCCGAAGAUCUCCUACCAAACAAACCUACCCAGGACUGCUCGACAAUAUGGCUGCGGGUGGUAUUACAAGUGGCGAUACGGUGAUGGUAACAGCCCGCAAAGAAUGCCGCGAGGAGGCAUCCGUACCCGAUGAGAUACUUGACCGUUUGAAACCAGCUGGUGUAAUCAGCUAUUUCAUGGAAGAAGAGCGAGGCCUCCUUUCAGAACAAGAAUUCAUCAUGGAUCUUGAAGUAACCGAAGACUUUAAACCAGUUGUCUCAGAUGGAGAAGUUGAUAAAUUUCAACUCAUGACUAUCGAAGAGGUCAAGGAGAGCGUAACAGCAGGAAAGUUCAAAGCAAACUGUGGUCUUGUCAUCGCAGACUUCAUGUAUCGACAUGGCAUCAUAACACCGGAUAACGAGCCCCAUUAUUGUGAGAUACAGCAGUACAUGCACACAAGACUUCCGCAGAGCUGAGGAGUCCGUUUGACGGCAAAAAACAUAUUGAAAGGAGAUUAGGGAUUAACAAGGAUAGUCUCGGUUGCUUUCCACAUGAUAUGCAUCCCUGAACUAGUUUGGCUUUUUUGGCUGAACCAGUGACGGCGCUGAAAUAAGGACAUAUUUCAAAUAUCCAUCACUUGUGAUAAAUGCGUUGGAAUAGAAUGUAUCAUCACGGGGGGGGGG